AUGGCGGAUGCACUAACCAGCCUUGGCAAGGCCAUGUUUGACGAUGUGAUGAUGGCUGAGAAGCUCCCCAGCGCGGUGGUCCAGCGCUUCAACGAGUGCCUCAUAACGGGUGCGCCAACGCCGGAGGACGACCAGAAGGUCAUCGCGGACACCAUGUUCGCCUGGGCCCGGGAGCUGGGCGCCAUCGACUUCGCGCACUGGUUCUUCCCCAUGCGCGGUGGCGGGGGUGCUGUGGGCGGCAUGCUGGGCGCCUUCAAGAAGGACACCCUGAUUGAUCUGGAGUUUGGCUCCAAGUUUGUGACGAAGCCCAUGAAGGCAUGCCUGCCGCACGAGCGUCUGUUCCAGGGUGAGACGGACGGAUCCUCCUUCCCCAACGGGGGGCUGCGAGUCACCCACUCCGCGGCGGCCUUCACCACCUGGGACCGCGCCUCGCCGCCCUUCGUGCUGGACCAGUGCCUCUACAUCCCUUGCGCCUUUGUCACCCACUUCGGCAAGUGCAUCGACGAGAAGACGCCGCUGCUGCGGUCCAUGGACGCGGUGAAGCUGAGCGGCCUGCGCCUGCUGAAGGCCAUUGGCAUCGGCACGGACGCCAAGACCAUGUUCAGCUACCUGGGAUGGGAACAGGAGUUCUUCGUGCUCAGCGCGGAGAGCUACAAGGCGCGCCCGGACCUGGUGAACACCGGGCGGACCUUGUUCGGGAAGCUGCCGACCAGGCACCAGCAGGGCGACCUCAACUACUUUCAGCCUGUCCCGGGCAAGGUGGCGGAGCUCCUGGACCUCGUGGCGGCGGAGAUGCUGAAGGUGGGCUGCCCCAUGGCGGUGAAGCACAACGAGGUGGCCCCGGGCCAGCACGAGAUGUCUCCGGUCUUCCGCGCGGCGAACGUCUCCUGCGACAGCAACGUGCUCUUCAUGGAGGUGAUGAACCGUGAGGCGGCCAAGCUAGGCUUGCAGGUGCUCUUCCACGAGAAGCCCUUCGCGGGCAUCAACGGCAGCGGGAAGCACGCCAACUGGUCCAUCGGCACCGACACGGGGCUGAACUUCUUCUACCCCGGCAAGACCGAGGCGGGCGCCAAGCUCUACGUCACCGCCAUCGCCUGCCUGGCCUACGGCCUGGCGCAGUACAACGAGAUGGUGCGGUGCACGGUGGCGCACUCGGGCAACGACCACCGCCUCGGCGCCCAGGAGGCACCGCCCGCCAUUAUCUCCCUGUACCCGGGUCAGGGCUUCGAGCAGCAUGUGGAGAGCAUCGUGGCGGGGGGAGAGCUCUUGGGCUACAAGGCGGAGAAGAAGAAGCAGGAGACGGGCUGCUCGGCGGCGAUGCACAUCGAGGCCAACGUGGAGGACCGCAACCGCACCGCACCCUUCCCCUUCUGCGGGAACCGCUUCGAGUUCCGGGCGGUGGGCUCCUCGCAGAACUGCUGCCUGCCGGUGAUGGUCUGCAAUGCCGUGAUGAGCGCGGGCAUGGCUGAACUGGCCUCGAAGAUCGAGGGGGGCAAGAGCCACCGCGACGCCGUGGCGGAGAUGUACAAGGAGAACAAGCACGUGAUCUUCACGGGCAACGGCUACUCGGCGGAGUGGCCCAUCGAGGCCUCCAAGCGGGGGCUGCCGAACUUGAACACCACGCCCAAGGCCGUGGCUACCUGGAACUCCGACAAGAACAAGAAGCUCUUCGAGACCCUGAAGAUCUACUCUGCGGAGGAGACGGACGCGCGCCAGGAGGUCAUGUACGAGAACUACAUCUCGAGCCUCUGCUGCGAGGUGGAGACCAUGAUCCAGAUGGUGGAGACGGGGUUCCUGCCUGCCUGCGCCAAGGACCUGGAGAAGUACAAGGGCUUCGAGAAGUUGGGGGGCAAGCGGAAGGAGACCUACGAGGCCAUCGUCGAGCAGCUCGAGAAGCUGAAGGCCGCCUAUGAGAAGCGGCCGCACAGCGGGCUGCCGGCGGAGGCGGGGUACUUGUGCGACACCAUGAAGCCGCUGAUGGUGGCACUCCGCGCGGCCGUGGAUAAGGCGGAGGGAGUGAUGGAGGCGGGCUUGUAUCCGUACCCGACCUACGAGAACAUGAUCUAUGGGCGUAGCAUGGCGGAGAAGGGAAAGCUGACGGUUGUCUCCAUCGAGAGCGGCCCUCGGCUGAGCCAGAGCGAGCCCGAGGUGGCAGAUGCCUUGCGCAACCAGCAGGCGCAGCUGGAGAUCUGGCUGGAAGACCAGGAGAAGCGGUGGCAGGAGCAGCUCGCAGAGGUGGAGCGUCUCUUCCGCGAGACCUUGGACAUCAGCCCGCCCCGGAGGGAGGAGCCGGAGGAGCCCAAAGCCUCCCCGCGCGACGAGCGACCCGCGCAGGGCCACGCGACUCCGAUGGCGAUCCUGCCCGGGAUCCCCGACGAAGCGGCGAGGUGCGAUGGCAACGUGGGCGAGGCCUCACGCAAGACGGCGAUCUCUCCCGACGAGGUCCCGUCUCAGCCUGGACCGGAGACGCCUUCGAAGGAGGCUCCGAUCUGCUGCCCGCCUGGAGCGUUGGACGGCCACUUCCAAUGGCUGGCGCAUAGCCUGGAUGAGUGGUCCUUCCAGCAGGACAUCCACUGGGAGCAGGCCUACUCCAGGCUGAAGCGACUGAAGCGGGCCUAUGAGGCUAAACAGAAGGUAGAUGAGGUUGCGCUGGAGCUGGAGCGGCCCCAGAUGGUGCACUGCAUCCCUCCCAAGGAGGAAGGCUCCGUGCCCCGGCGGAUUUUCAAGCUGUUCGAGAAGUCGGAGAGCUAUGUGUUGGGCACCAUCAUCUCCGCCGUGAUGGUCACGACCAUCAUCGUCAGCACGGUGACCUUCGUGCUGGAAUCCAUGCCCGAGUUUCAGCAGCGGCCGGCCAGAUGUCAAGAGCUCUUCGAGCAACAGCUGCCCUUAACGGUCGAGGCAUGCGAACCCGUGCCAUUGAACAUUUUCAGCUACGUCGAGGCGGUUUGCAUCGUCAUCUUCACCAUUGAAUACCUGGCGAGGUUAUGCACUUCGUACACGGAGCCGAAGUACGGCGACACUGGUUGCACUCGAGUCUGCAGAUAUGCGAGAACCGUUCUCAACCUCAUUGACCUGGCGGCGAUUCUGCCCUUCUACAUGAACCUGAUCCUCGGUGACGCGGUGGUCGCCUUCCGCAUGCUGCGCCUCAUGCGGGUGCUACGCCUGCUGAAGCUGGCGAAGCAUCACCCCGGCAUCCAGCUCUGUGUUGAGGCGACGCUGGCGAGCGGCCUGCCCUUGGCAAUCCUCAUGUUUUUCAAUAUCAUCUUCGGGGUCAUCUUUGCCUCUGUGAUCUUCUAUUUCGAAGGGUCCGACUAUUCCGUGGCCCCAGAGUUCACCAAUGGCACCUUCCCCACAGGUGCAUUUGUGCGGAAGGACCCGGAAGGGGUCGACAUUCUCACGCCCUUCCGUUCGAUCCCCGUGGCGCUGUGGUGGGUAUUUACGACAACGACCACUGUUGGGUACGGAGACAUGGCGCCCACCAGCCACAUUGGAAGGGCUGUGGGGGUGCUGUGCUUCUACACAGGCAUCAUCUUCCUGGCGCUGCCUAUCGGCGUGCUGAGUUCCAACUUCGAGGCAGCUUAUGCCAGACACCUGGAUAGGCGGCGCAAGAAUGCACCGAAACUGCUGGAGGUGGCGGAGCACCUUAUGCCUCAGAACAGCAAAAGGGUGAGCAUGUUCUACCAGCUCUCGAGAUCUGACACUCAGUCCACGAUGCGAAGCACUACCAGGACGAUCUUCAAGAUUCUCAAUGACCCGUCCUCCGGGCUCAUGGCCAAGUUGUCUUCGUACUUGCUGACAGUGGUGAUCAUGCUCACUACCGUCACGAUGUGCCUGGAAUCCAUGCCGGAGUUUAGCCACACACCGCCAGCAUGUGCCUCUGAGCUGACCGUUGAGAACUGCCGCCCGAAGCCGGACAGGGUGUUCUACAACAUCGAGUUUGUGUGUCUCUUAAUCUUUACCAUCGACUACGUCUUGCGCAUUGCCACGGCCCACGCGAUGAGCGCGAGGGAGUUAGGGGUGCAGUACGUGGGGGAGCGAUCGGUGCCGGCUUGGAAGGCGACCUGGAGAUACACCGUGCAGUGGUUGAACUUGGUGGACCUCUUCGCCAUUGUGCCAUUCUACCUGGAGCUGGCGGGGCUGAAGUUGGGGAGCUCGGCUGUGAUCCGUGUGCUCCGCUUGAUACGUAUUUUCCGUCUGCUCAAGUCGCCGAAGAUGCGCAAUUGUGUAGACAUGAUUGUGGACAUUGUGAAGGAUGCUCUUCCUGGAAUCAUCUCGGUUUUUUCUUUGACGGUGCUGAUGUGUGUCUUACUCGCGUCAUGCAUUUGGUUCGCCGAGGGCACGCACUACUCGGUGGACCACUUUCAAGAGGCGCAUCCCCUCGGGGUCUACAUCAGGCCGACGAUGAUGGGCUACGACGUUGAAAUCUCGCCCUUCAGGUCGAUCCUCCACUCAUUCUGGUGGUUUUUUACGACCGCCACCACCGUCGGCUAUGGUGACGACUUUCCUACCACUACCUUGGGGCGGAUGGUGGCAGUUUGCACCUUCUACACCGGCGUGGUGCUGAUGGCGAUUAUGCUGACCAUCGUGGGUGGAGCCUUUCAGAAUCAUUACCCGGAAUGGACGAGACACAACAGGAGGGAGUCCCAGAUGGGCCUGGACUGA